AUGGAGCCCACCAGCCCCAGCGGCGGGCUGAUGACGCCGGUGGGCGGGCGCGGGCGGGCUGAUGGCCGGAAGGACAGGAGGCAGUCUGCCGGCGAAGGGAGGCCAUCGCCCCUUUUCUACGUGUGUCCGUACAUCUUGGGUUGCGAACUGUGCGAGCGGCUGGCGUUCUAUGGGAUCGCGACCAACCUGGUUGUUUAUCUGCAAUCUGUCGGGCUGACAAGUCUCCAGGCUGCGGUGAUGGUACCUGUGUUCGUGGGCAGCUGCUACUUGACACCACUCAUCGGCGGCGUCCUUGCGGACUCCUUCUGGGGCAGAUACAAGACCAUUCUGUACUCGGCGAUCACCUACCUCUUCGGCAUCGUGUUGCUUGCUCUAAGCGCUGGCGUCAAGGGUCUUCAUCCAGAGGAGGAUGAAGUCAUCAAUAAUGAACAGGCGACAUUGUUGUUCUUCGCAUUGGGGCUGAUAGCUGUGGGCACAGGAGGCAUAAAGCCCAAUGUAGGAUCCUUUGGUGCCGACCACUUUGAUGAAACCAUAGAAAAGGAGAAGAAGGAGAAGGACUCCUUUUUCAACUGGUUCUACCUCUCCAUCAACGUUGGGUCACUUGCGGCAACAACCAUCAUUGUCUACAUCGAGGUCAACAUAAGCUGGGCUCUUGGGUUCUUGAUCACUGCUAUCGCGAUGGCACUGGCGAUUGUGGUGCUUGUGUUGGGUAGCCCAAGGUAUCAACACUGCCCGGUUGCAGAUUCGCCACUUAUGCGUGUUGCGAAAGUUGUUGCUGCUGCACUCACAACGAAGAAGAGGAAUGUGUCAGAGCUUGAAUAUGAUGUGACAGUGGAGAACUUCGAAGAUGCCAAUGUGCCAUUGUUGCCUGGACCCAAACAUGACCAAGUGGCCAACAGUGGAAAACCACACUGGCUCGAUGCAGCAGUUGGGCACAGGGACAGAGGACUCUUCACUGAAGACCAGGUGUAUGAGGUGAAGCUGGUGCUUGGUGUUUUGCCUGUGUUCUUCACCACUAUAUUAUACUGGACUGUGUACUCGCAGAUGUCCACCUUCUUUGUCCAACAAGGCACCCUCAUGAACCUUAGCGCAGGCUUCUUCACCAUACCCGCUGCAUCGCUCGCUGUCUUCGAUGUGCUGGCCAUCAUCAUUCUCAUCCCCAUCUAUGAUCGUAUAGUCGUUCCAUUCAUGGAGAGAGUGUGGCGGAGGCCGACAGUGCUGGAAAAGAUAGGGGCUGGAUAUUUGAUGGCAGUAGUCGCCAUGGUUGUGUCCUUCUUCAUUGAGAGGGAGAGGCUGCACAAGUUCAAGGAUGGCGAAGUCAUUCCUCGUGAAAAGCAGGAGACACACAGUGAUGCUCAAGCUGUUGACAUGAGUGUCUGGUGGCAGUUCUUCCAGUACUUGGCUAUUGGUUUGAGCGAGGUUUGGGCAUCCAUUGGACAGUUGGAGUUCUUCUAUGACCAGGCCCCUGAUGUCAUGCGCAGCUGCAUGGUGGCCCUCCAGCUCUUCAGUGUGGCUUUGGGCAGCUACGCUGCUGGCCUCUUGGUGUGGGUCAUAAAUUUCUUCACAAGAAAAACUCAUGGCGGGGAAUGGAUACCCCCCGAUCUGAACCAGGGCAGACUGGACCUAAUGUACUUGACCAUCGGCGGAAUUAUGCUGGCGGACACACUGCUGUUCCUAUACGUGGCAAUGAAGUACGAGUACAAGAAGGUCAUACACACGCCUGUGCGUCCCCCAACUGUGCCGGUCCCCAUUGGCCAUGCCACCCAGAACAAGGCUGGAACAGGGGACUAUGUGUCGGGAUCGGGGGCAUCGACGUCUGAGGACCUGGCGACAAGCGCAGAAGGCUACGAGAGUGUGGAGGUCUAUGGAAGGUCGGUUGCCUACAGGCCGUCCACUCCAGCGACGUUUCCACCCGAACUGAAGUAG